AUGCACUAUUAUGGGGAGAGGUAUAAACAUCUGUACCUUCCGGGGUUGGGCUGUGGCACCGAAAACAUCCAACGCUGCACACCCCAGCCUGAUGCGUGCAGCAACACGUGCCAACCCAUCAGCGUGAUCAAGAGCCCAGUGCCAAGGUGGCAAAGCUACACUCAGCCUCUCACUUACGUGUGCCCACAGCCAAGCAUCACUCAGACACCCCAGCUGUCUUGCCAGCCCUACGUCCAACAAUGUGUCCUGCUCUACCCUGAUCCUUGUGACACCGCUCGCCUCCUGCCCUGCAGGAAGCCCAGUGUGAAGCUGAGCAGCAUGUCGACCUUCCAGCCUUGUGAGACCAACCUCCCCGUGAAAAAACGGGUGGCCAAGAGUCUCCCCCCGUGUGCACCCAGGUACCCAGAACCGACCAAGCUCAAGUUUCCACCAUGUGGGAUCAAAUAUUCCUCCUCGUGCAAGGAUGAGUGCAGAUCGCAGAAGAUCUCCAAGCGCUCGUCGCAGCGGUACGGCGCGGAGCUGUGGUCCAUGAAAGGGAUGAGCAGUGGCUAUUCCCUACCCCUGCGGGGUGUCACGGAGUGUCCCCCACAGCAGUGUGUCACCCAGUCUUACCUGCAGGAGUACGUCAGCAGGUUCCCCCAGCACAAGUGCAUGAAGGGCUACCCCACUCAGGAGUGUGUCACCUCCUACGCCGCGCAGCGCUGCGCAACCGAGUGCCCCCCGAGACCAUGCGAGACCAAGUGUCCUCCAGGGAAGGAAGUCAAGGAGUCUUCCCACAAGUACCGUGCAACCAAGAGCUCACAGCCUCAGGAGGGCAUCAAGCACAAGAGCUCAGGAACACAUCACCAAAGCAAGUCCAAGUGCCUCCACCCACGGGCCACCCAGCACUCGUCCCAUCACCACUCGGGGGGAGUGAAACGUUCCGGCCACUCCAAGAAGAGUCGCUGUGCUUAUAAAUGCCUGUGGUAAAAAGAGAGAAAAAAAG